CAGAUCAAUGGCCGAGUUCCCUCCGAAUUUGGAUGAUGGGGAAAUGUGGCUUCCCUCCGAUAUCUUCCCCAUUGAUGAAGUACCUUCUAAGCUAAAGCCACGUAAUUACUCAUCUGAGCUCUUGUGCAUGGAAGAGAUUGCUCAGCGCUUCGCUGUUUUUGCUUCGCUUGAACGUAACCGGACUCAGAGCUUCAAUAAACCCCACACCUACUUAGAGUUAGAGAGGUUCAGAGAGCCGGUUCGUUAUGGUUCGGUCGGUUCUUUUCCAGGUGGGUAUUGUGUUGGCGUGAAUGGCGGUACGAGAGUUGGGUAUGGUGGUCAUGGGUGGGGAAAUGGGGGAGUUUUGACCGGUUCGAGACCGGUUUACCAGUAUGAGCUCCUGAACCCGGUUCAGUUUCAGUUUGAGAGUUUCAUGGAAGCAAGGGUCAGGGGUUUGCAGAGGCAGCAAGUCCGGUUUAUGCAGAACCGGAUUAUGGGAAGGCGGUUUUUGCCACUUCAAGGAAAUGGGAUUGGGGUGGGUAAUAAUGGUGGUGGUGUGUUGAGAGAGUAUGGAGGGACUGGUGUGUUUCUUCCCCGGAUGGCCACCACCACCACCACCAAUGACAACAGUGACGCUAGAAAGAGAAACAGUGUGAGAAAUAGACAGGACGCUCAAUUCUAUCCUCAGAGGAAUGUCAUCAGUGUCAAUGUCAGGAAGCAAGAGGAGGGUCAUUGUCAUCUUCCUCCGGAUAUGGGAUUGCCCCAGUAUUGGACCUAUUGAGAUUCACAUCUUUUCUAUUUUGUAAAGGGGUCUAUUUGUGGUAUUAGGAUAUAGUUCAAAUAAGAGCUCCAGAAGGAUAGAAGCUGGUGAAGCCAUUAUUUUGGAUUUUGUGUAGAACUUAAGAAAAAGAAUAUCAUAGGCAAACUGGGUUUGUUUUUGCCUUCCUCUAGCUUUGUAUGGUUGUGGGUGAAUACACUUCUUUAUCUGUGAACUGUUU